AUGUUUGGUCAAUCAAGUUCAUACAUUCUACUGCAACCAACGAGUUCAUUUACUGGAGGAACAACAACAGCAGGACAGCAAUCAGGAGGAAUGUUUGCACAACAACCGCAACAACAGCUACAAUCAGGUUCAUCAACUCAUUCGGCAACAUCAAUGAUUGGUGCUUCUUCAUCUACGACGCAACCUCCUGCUUGGUUUCAAAACCAAACCAAAAGGACCAUCCCUAAUCAUCUAGUCCCAAAAAGAAAACCCAGUUUUCAAAUCGCAACAGCGGCAACUUCAAAAUCAAGUAACAAUAAAAAGGGAAGAUCAAAUCGAAGACUAUCAAUCAGUUCCAACGGUUCUGGAGGAUCAAUCUCCUCUUCAAUGCUAGUCUCCCAUGAUCAAUUUAAUAUAGUAUCUUUUGGUAGCCAACCACAACAAGGUCAACAACGUAGAGCCAUGAGCCAAGGAGGUGAUCGACUCAAUAGUAUAAGUGGCGGCAGCUUAUUCGACACUAGUUUUGAUAUAAGUAAAUAUGAUGAUACCAUUAACGAAUCUAAAGAUGAAAACGAACUCAUUCAAUUUGGCGGUGCUGAUGAUGUGCCUCCAGCAAGAUCGAUUUAUGAUUUGAAUGAUGAGAUUUUAGUUAGCUUGAACAAGCCAGUUCAACAAAUUGAUUCAUUCAUAAAUAAAGAUCCUAAAAGUUUUCAUAAUUUAUUCAACCGUGAUCAACAAGAAUCCACUACUGAAUCUGAGGAAACGAAACAUGCUGAACAAGAAAAGCGUCGUCAACUGGUUAAUCAGUUGCAAUAUAGUGAAUCAGCGAUCUUGGUAUUCGGAUACCCUGAAUCAUUAUCUAAUCAAGUCAUUCAGUAUUUUAGUGAAUUUGGAGACAUUUUGGAACAAUUUGAACAAAUUUCUAGUCCUGGUUCUGCUUCUUCCUCCAAAUCAAAUUCUUUACUUUCCAUCAAUUCUCGAAAGAAUCGUAAAAUUGUUCCAAUAUUCAGUGGGACCAAUUGGGUCAAGAUUACAUACGAUAAUCCAGCAUCAGCAAUCGAUGCUCUACAACAAAAUGGUAGUGUAUUUAACGGGAUCUUAUUAGGAGUGGUUCCAUAUGAGAAAACCGCACUUGAGAAAUUGAAAAAGAGAAAGCUUGUAAAGAGCGAAGAUAUCGGGGGCACAAAUGUUUCAUUAAUGCAAUCCACUCCAAAGAAACAACAAAAAGAGAAUGGCGAAGCACCUCUAGCUGAGGCUGCUCCAGCUUCCAAUGGAAACGCAGCUACAUCUGCACCUGCUUCGAUUUCAUAUCUGACUAAAUUAGACAUAAAAGAAGGGUCGCAAUUCUUCUUAAAACCAGACGGGAAUGAGCUUAAUAAUAAAAAGGACGAUAAUAAUAAGAAUAAAGAGAAGCUUGGUGUGUUGGGCACAUUGUCGAAAUAUAUCUUUGGAUUUCAUGAUUUAUAG